CACAGACAAUAUCUAAGGAGGAGGGGUGUAUUAGUUUCCUGAUAUUUCAAAAAUGUGGCAUCACCAGCUCCUCUGCUUCCACAUACAGAUUUGGACCCCAUGCAACUCCUGACAGAGGUGGAUACGGCCACAACAUCUGUCUGGCUUGUGAUGAGAGAGCUCAAAGAUUGUGAACAGGGCUCUCCAUACAAAGCACCUAGCAUGGGGGCACCUACAUAACCCUGCAGCUUGUUGUGGCUUCUUGACUCCUCAGGAAGGAUGAAAGAGACGGAUCCUGCAAAGCUCGUAAGGAUGGAAGGGGGAAGAUGGACGGUUGACCUGGUCAGGUUGUCUCCUGCAUCCCUUCGAACAACCUCUGAGCGUUCCCUCCCAGGGACCUCUGAGAGAUCUGAUGGUGAUCAAUUGGAAGGGAAGAACAAGGGGGACCACAACAGAAUCCACAUAGCGGAGAAGUCUUAUAAAUAUUCAGGGUGUGGAGAGAACAUCCAUCAGAGCUCCCAGUCCACCUCCCAUCAAAGAAAGAGCUUCAUUUGGAGGGAUAGCCUUACUUCACACAAAAGAACUCACAGUGGAGAGAAAUUGUAUCAGUGCUUGGAAUGUGGAAAGAGCUUCAUUCGGAAGGAUGGUCUCACUUCGCAUCAAAGAAUUCAUACAGCGGAGAAACCCUAUCCGUGCUUGGAAUGCGGAAAGAGCUUCAGUCAGAGGGUGCAACUCACUUCCCAUCAAAGAAUUCAUACAGGGGAGAAACCCCAUCAGUGUUUGGAAUGUGGAAAAAGCUUCAGCCAGGCGAUCCAUCUCACUACCCAUCAAAGAAUUCAUACAGGGGAGAAACCCUUUCAAUGCCAGGAGUGUGGAAAGAGCUUCAGCCAGGGGAUACAUCUAACUUCCCAUCAAAGAAUUCAUACAGGUCAGAAACCAUACCAGUGCUGUGAAUGUGGGAAAAACUUCAGUCAAAGCAGCCAUCUCAAGACCCAUCAAAGAAUUCACACAGGGGUGAAACGCUAUCAGUGCUUGGAAUGUGGGAAGAGCUUCAGUCUCAGGCAGAGUCUCACUUCCCAUCAAAGAAUUCAUACAGGGGAUAAACCUUUUCAAUGCCAUGAGUGUGGAAAGAGCUUUCGUCACAGUUGCAGUCUCACUUCCCAUCAAAGAAUUCAUACAGGGGAGAAACCCUAUAAGUGCUUGGAAUGUGGAAAGAGCUUCAAUCGGAAUGAUAGUCUCACUUCCCAUCAAAGAAUUCAUACAAAGGAAAAACCCUAUCAAUGCUUGAAAUGUGGAAAGAGCUUCAAUCGAAAGCAUCAUCUCACUUUGCAUCAAAGAAUUCAUACAGGGGAGAAACCAUAUCCAUGCCUGGAAUGUGGAAAGAGCUUCCGUUACAGGAAGAGUCUUACUUUGCAUCAAAAAGUUCAUACAGGGGAGAAACCCUAUCAGUGCUUAGAAUGCGGAAAGAGCUUUCGUCACAGUUCCAAUCUAACUAGCCAUCAUAGAGUUCAUACAGGCGAGAAAUCCUAUCAGUGCUUGAAAUGUGGGAAGAGCUUCAGUCAGAGACAGAGUCUCAAUUCCCAUAACAGAAUUCAUACAGGGGAGAAACCCUAUCCGUGCUUGGAAUGCGGAAAGAGCUUCAGUCAAAGUUCCCAUCUAACUUCCCAUCAAAGAGUCCAUACAGGGGAGAAACACUAUCAGUGCUUCGAAUGCGGAAAGAGCUUUCGUCACAGUUCCAGUCUCACUUCCCAUCAAGGAAUUCAUACAGGGGAGAAACCCUAUCAGUGCUUAGAAUGCGGAAAGACCUUCAGUCAAAGUUCCAGUCUCACUUUCCAUCAAAGAAUUCAUACAGGGGAGAAACCCUAUCAGUGCUUAGAAUGUGGAAAGAGCUUCAGUCUCAGACAGAGUCUCACUUCCCAUAAGAGAAUUCAUACAGGGGAGAAACCCUAUCAGUGCUUAGAAUGCGGAAAGAGCUUCAGUCAAAGUUCCCAUCUAACUUCUCAUCAAAGAGUCCAUACAGGGGAGAAACACUAUCAGUGCUUAGAAUGUGGAAAGAGCUUCCGGGAGAGGACCAAGCUCACAUCCCAUCAAAGAGUCCAUACAGGGGAGAAACCCUAUCAGUGCUUGGAAUGUGGAAAGAGCUUCCGGGAGAGGACCAGCCUCACAAAGCAUAAAAGAGUCCAUACAGGGGAGAAACCCUAUCAGUGCUUGGAAUGUGGAAAGAGCUUCCGGGAGAGGAUGCAGCUCACCUCCCAUCACAGAAUUCAUACAGGGGAGAAACCAUAUCCAUGCCUGGAAUGUGGAAAGAGCUUCCGUUACAGGCAGAGUCUUGCUUCGCAUCAAAAGGUUCAUACGGGGGAGAAACCCUAUCAGUGCUUUGAAUGUGGAAAGAGCUUCCGGGAGGGGAGCAAGCUCACUUCCCAUCAAAAAAUUCAUACAGGGCAGAAAACAUAUCAGUGUUUGGAAUGUGGAAAGAGCUUCAGCCAGGGGAUCCAUCUCACUACCCAUCAAAGAAUUCAUACAGGGGAUAAACCUUUUCAAUGCCAUGAGUGUGGAAAGAGCUUUCGUCACAGUUCCACUCUCACUUUUCAUCAAAGAAUUCAUACAGGGGAGAAACCUUUUCAAUGCCAUGAGUGUGGAAAGAGCUUUGGUCACAGUUCCUAUCUCAUGAACCAUCAAAGAACUCAUACAGGUCAGAAACCAUAUCAAUGCUUGAAAUGUGGGAAGAGCUUCAGUCACAGACAGAGUCUCACUUCCCAUCAAAGAAUUCAUACAGAGGUAAAACCAAAAUAGAAAAAUAAUAAUGCAUUAUUAAACAACAUUAUUAAACAACCCUUACAAAACACAUUUGUAUAGAAGAGAGAAAGGGCGGGGGAGAAUAAUUAAUAAUACCCUUUAUCACAUUUGUAUCAUGUAUAUCAUAUCAUUUGUCAACACAUAGGCAGGCUCCCCCAGCUCUCCCCUGGGUGCCCCCUUCUCCCCGUCUCACACCCUGAGUGAUCAUUCCUCUGUAGUAGUAAUUAUUCAAAAUCUGCAGUCCAGGAUAAACCCAGCUGUAUUUAGUAUCCAGACUUUUCCCUCCCCUUCAGCAAGAUGGCACUUUUCCUUCAUUCCACCCCCCCAGCCCAGCCUUCAAAUUUUAACCUCUCAGACAGUGCAAUAUGACUCUUAUAAUGAUCAUCUAAUAAUCCAAAUUAGUAUUUCUCCAGUUUCUAGGUCCAGUUUCUAUAAAGCCUUAUUAAAACUGUUCCAACAAGUCUCAGUCAAGUCACAGUACAAAAUUAUUGUCUCUUUCAAUGUUCAUCCAAUCCUGCUUCCUCUUCUUUUACUAAUCUUUCCUAAUCCACUGGGGAUGGGGAGGAAGGCACAUUAAAUCCCUUUCCUCAUACGAGAUCAUAGCUUGUGUUGUGAACAGUUUCAGGAGUUGCACUGCAUCCCCUUUUGCUGGAUGUACAUUUUUCUCUGCUGACAAUUCCCACACCAGCUCAUCCCAAUGCAGCCUUGUCUUUCUAUGGAGCUCUUUCUCUCUCCUCCUGUUCUUCCCUCCCCUGCUCAACAGAACCUUCUGCCACUCCCAGCAACUCCUUUCCAACGACUACCAGCUUAUGACCCACACAUUCACCUCAGUCUGUCUUUCUGGGACCAAUCUUGGUCUUCAAUGUAAAGGCACUCCAUGUCUGGAUGGGGAGGAGAACCGCAGAAGCUUGUUUGGAGUAGAUGCAUCUGGUUCUCCAUAAAUCAGGUAGAGGCAAAGUUCAUUGGCAAAAGAAGAACUUUCUACUAAAGGUUUUUCAGCUUCGUUACAGAAAAAAGCUUCAGGAGACUUCACAGAUGUGAAAGUUAGAAAAUGUAA